UUCCCCUGGUAUGCAUGGAAUAGUGGGUUUGCGUGGUCUUGUUGGUACCGAGGGACCAGAAGGAAAGCCUGGGAGUUCCUGGUUCUGCCGGAGGUCCAGGAGAUAAAGGAUCUCGUGGCCUAAGAGGUAUGAUUGGGGAGCCAGGAAAACAAGGCCCUGCAGGAUCACCGGGCCCAAUUGGACGACCAGGCCAAGAUGGCAUCCAAGGCCCUGCCGGUGAAAAGGGUUUUACUGGAAAACCAGGCAUGGCCGGUCAACAAGGCCUUGUAGGAAUGUAUGGUUAUCCUGGAUCCACGGGUCUUCAUGGACGGCCAGGCCCCGCUGGAGAGAGGGGUGAACCUGGGAUCAGGGGACCCGUGGGUCCAUUAGGAGAGAGAGGGACACCUGGUUUACCUGGGCUGCCUGGUGAGAGAGGCCCACCUGGACCAGCGGGUCGUCAAGGGGAGGCGGGACAUACUGGCUUCCGAGGAGCACAUGGGCUGCCAGGACUUUCUGGGAUCGUGGGUAUGACAGGAAAGGAAGGCCCUCCUGGAAACCAUGGGCCUAAGGGGCCACAAGGAAAACAGGGACCAAUUGGAUUGCCAGGCUCACCAGGGGCACCUGGAACGGCAGGUCAAGCUGGAGAGAAAGGAGAGAAGGGAGUGCCGGGAUCUCCAGGUGACCCUGGUCCUAUUGGGAUGAAUGGACAACAGGGUAAUCAUGGUCCAGCUGGUCAUGAAGGUUCACCGGGGCCAAAAGGGGAAUAUGGAUCACUUGGACCUCACGGAAAGCCUGGCCCAAGUGGACCUCAAGGAGAACAAGGGCCCCAGGGCUCUCAGGGAAUGCAGGGUAAGCCAGGACCAAGUGGUAAAGAGGGAGGUAUUGGACCUCCUGGCAUUAUUGGGAACCCAGGCCCUAAAGGAAAAAAGGGUGACCCUGGACAUCAAGGAUUUUCUGGGCGUCAAGGGCCACCUGGAUUUUUGGGCGAUAAAGGAGAGAAAGGACUGAAAGGAAAUAAAGGUUACAUUGGACCGCAUGGCCGGAAUGGAUUGAUGGGAACAUUCGGCCCAUCUGGCUUGAUGGGUCUGGAAGGUUUAAUGGGUCUUCGGGGAACACUGGGAGCCAAUGGCUCACCAGGCCCAAAGGGAGAAACUGGAUCACCCGGGGUCAUUGGCUUUCCAGGAGAUCAAGGCGAUCAGGGGAUGGCUGGACAGAGAGGCUUAAAAGGGGUUGUGGGCAAACCAGGACCUCAGGGUGCUUUGGGUCCCCGAGGCCCUGAAGGCUUAUUGGGCUUGAAGGGUAUGCCGGGACAAGAGGGACCUAAAGGUGAACCAGGAAGACAAGGACCUCCAGGCCGGAUGGGACAUCCGGGUCUUCCUGGUCCUGAAGGUCCUUCUCCAAUGCCAGGAGCAGAGGGUCUUCCAGGAGAACUGGGGGAUUCUGGCCCCGUUGGCCCACCAGGACCACAGGGUCCAAAUGGCAGACCAGGACCUCGUGGAAGGGAUGGACAGAAGGCUCAGAAGGGAGAUGAUGGUCGAGAAGGACCUCCUGGAAAGACUGGAAAUGCUGGAAAGAAAGGAAAAAAAGGAAAAGCUGGUCAAAGGGGUCAUAGAGGGUCCCGAGGGGAGAAGGGACAGCAGGGAGAGGUGGGAACGAUUGGACCUCCUGGCACAUCAGGGCCAUAUGGUUUGCCAGGCAUUCAGGGUGAGAAAGGGGAGAUGGGAAGAAAAGGCUUUGAGGGAGAGAAGGGGGAAAUAGGGCUACACGGUCCUCUGGGAGGAGAUGGACUAAAGGGGUUGCAGGGCCUAAAUGGGGAGCAGGGGAGACAGGGGGCAAAGGGAGAGCAGGGAGAUAUUGGACCAAAGGGUCAUAGAGGGUCCCCAGGUCUACCAGGGAUGCCUGGUCUGUUUGGAGUAAAGGGUUUAAACGGAUUUCCAGGACUUUCUGGUCCAAAAGGACAAAGAGGACUUCCUGGUCCAGCGGGUCCUCCAGGGCCACCAGGAUCUCUGAACCUAACAUUAACUCAAUUAAAAGACCUCGCGUACCAGUCCGACAAGCCCAAUUAUCCACUUAUUAGGACCCUGCUUGAGUCCCUUCAGCAAGACCUGCGAUUCUUCAUAGAUCCUCCAGAUGGCACUAAAGAGCAUCCAGCCACCACCUGCUUGGAGCUGAUGCUUUCUCAUCCUAACUUUUCCAGUGGAAUCUAUUAUAUUGACCCAAAUCAAGGCAGUUCUGCUGAUGCAUUGCUGGUGUACUGCAACUUUAGCGCAGGUGGACAGACAUGCCUGCCACCUUUGCAACCACAGAUGCCUUUGAGUUCUUGGCUCAGGGACGCCAGCCCUGAUUCAUUUACAUGGUUGAGCUCCAAAGAUGGUGGAUUUCAGUUUGAUUACACAGGGUCUAGCGUGGUACAGAUGAGGUUCCUAAGACUUAACAGCAGGAUUGCAAAGCAGAACAUCACAUUUUCUUGCCAGCCAAACAGCCACCAGGGUUUCAACGAGAGAGAUGUUAAGUUCCUUGCAGAUUCAAGAAAACAGAGCUUCUUGGGAACAUUACUAGAUUGUGAGCCCGCAGGUGGGCUAGAGACAGGACCUCAGGAAUCUGUGUUCCAAUUUGAGACCGAAGACCUGGAGCUUUUACCAAUCAGAGACGUGGCUUUAUUUGGCCACAGUGACAUGACAGAAGAGUUUCAAUUUACUAUAGGACACGUCUGCUUCAGCUAGAACACAGACACAUUCAGCUGAACCCUGGGCAGAGUUCUUACUGAGUAUCUAUCUGCUGAGGAAAGCACAGCCAAGAACAGAUUGAGAAAAAAAUCUCUUCUACAUGGUCAGGAACUCAUCUCUACUCUUCUCCAUCUGCUGUAGGAAUGGAGAUUCCACAUGAAGUCUUUAUUUCACCUUUCACAGUUUGUGAAAUAAACCGAUUUGUUGUCCAGUGGCAACAAGUUAUUUGGUGCAUGACUUCUUAUGAGGAGUUGUAAAUGGUUUACAAUGCUUAUUUUAUGUUAAAAACUGAUUAUUUAUAUGAUGUCGUAGUAUUGUUAGUCUUUUUGUGUUAUAAAGUAAUUUACAUCCCAAAAACCGUAAUUUCCUUAAAAACCUUUUAAUUCAGGUUUUAUUGCACCUUAUGACAAAAAGCACUGAUAUCUGCUGCCCAUGUCUCGUAACAUUUAAACAAUGUGCCACAUAUCUGCAUAUCAGGCACUGCUCAAUGAAUGAUAAUUGAAAAGUUAUAGCUAAAUGUGGUCAGUUGUUGUGGGAACAUUGUUUAUGAUGUGUCCAAUGUAAUUCCCUAAAUGCAACAGUUUUGAGGAAUGUUGGGUAAAUUGGACAUUUUUAAACAAUUUUGUGUGUAAACUAGUUUGUGUAAUGUGUUUUCUGAUUUACAUUGCUGAUUAUGCAAGUGACCAUAGUAAUGUGUUUGCCUUAGUAAAAAAAUGUCCUGAAAGAAUAUCAAAAUAAGUUGAUUUGUUUUCUAUAGGGUGCCUGUAGGUUCAGGAUGUCGGCAGGAUGGAUUAAAAUAAAGGUGGGGAACGGAUUUGUGUAGGAUUUUACAGCAGUGAGAUACUUCAUUUCUGCCAGACUGGAUAAUUUGCGGCUUUGAAAUGUGCACAUUGGUACUGAACUGACAUUUGCAUUCAUGCAGUGCUGUAAGAGACCGAGUCACAUAAAUUAAGUGUGUGAACUUCUCACAUAUUGUUAACCUUCUGUUUCUGAAUAUCAUUCACAGAGAAGUCUGCAUAAUGGAUUUCAUUCUAGACUUAGAAUCGGCAAACCAAUCUACUGGUUCAGUUGAAUGAUUUUUGACUUCAGUGGGUUACAUGCUCAUGUGAAAGCGAAGCAGAUGGUUUAAAAAAAAAAAAACUUAUUGUAACUUUCAAGGACGGUGUACAUGAAAUUGAUCUGGAUUAUUUAUCUGUAAAUGUGUCCAGAAC